UCGUAUAAAAGAAAAGCAAUUCAACUGUUUUGGUUUUGAAUAUUCUUAUCAAACAAGAUAUUGUCAAUGUCAUUUUUUCAUAACCUAGAAUUUGCAUGAUAAGUAGUUACGUGCUUUAAAAAGCAAGAAUUUAAUAAAUAUUGACUUAAAUAAAUAUUUUUAAAGUACUAAAUCUCAAUAAUUAAUGAUUAUCAUUCUAUAAACAAGAUGAUUCGUAACCGACUUUUACAAAUUGCGCAACUAAGUGCUGUUGGACUGACCGGAUUUUACAUCGGCCAAAAUAAAGAUAAAUUUAGUAAUUACAAUAAUGAUGAUUCAAUUAUUAUUGAUGGAAAACGAUUACGGAGUAUGCCUGGGCUCCCUGUUUUCGGUACAGUGUCGGCUGCAACUCCUUAUACAGAUUCUGGAAGCAGUAAAGAUCGGGUAUCACAAAUAAUGAAGUUUGGUUUCCCUAGUCUGGACAAUAUUAGAUCUUAUGACGACUUCAUCUUGUCAUAUGAUCGCCGUAACCGGGUACCAAACUGGGUGUUUGAACAUAUUACUGCAGAGCACAUAGCAAAGAAUGACCAGGUUGACAGAAGUAAAUGUGAAUUCAAGCCUGAUGAGAGUAUACAUCCAUUCUUUAGGUCUCAGAACUCUGAUUACAAAGGCUCCGGGUUCGACCGUGGUCACAUGGCGGCGGCUGGCAACCACAGACUCUCACAGAAACAUGUAGAACAAACAUUCUUCCUGACCAAUAUGGCUCCACAGGUGGGAGAAGGCUUUAACAGGCACGCGUGGAACACCUUAGAGAAACAUGUGCGAAAACUGACCAAAGUCUACAGCAAUGUGUACUGCUGUACUGGACCACUGUACCUGCCCAGGAGAGAAUCGGACGGUAAAUCGUACAUACGGUAUCAAGUGAUUGGCGCGAACACGGUGGCCGUGCCGACCCACUUCUAUAAGGUCGUCGUGGGGGAGACUAGAGACGGUACCUUAGACAUGGAAGCCUAUGUCAUGCCGAACCAGAAGAUACCUGAUGAAACACCUGUCUCCGCUUUCAUGGUACCUCCUGAGUCGAUCGAGAAAGCUGCAGGGCUCUUGUUCUUCGACAAGAUUCACAGAAGUAAACUCAACAAAAUAAAUGGCAAAAAGGUGUAAAAUGUUCGUUUAAAUUAGAAAUGUUACCUAUAUUUUUAGAUUAUUAUAUUUUAAAUAAAUUUCAGAUCUAUUGUAUUAAAUGUUCAUUGUAAAUACGUUAUACCUAGUUUUUUUUUAUGUUGUAAGUAAAUAAAUUUUAUUUUAUUUGUUUUA